AUGGAGUCUGUUAGGACAGGUCACAUUUGACCCUUAUAAUGCUUGUUUUAAAUUUGUUGGUACUGAAUAUAAAUUCUGAUAAAUUAUUCUUUAGUUAGGUUCUUGACCUGCUGCCCUCCUCAUUUGUACAGGUUGUGGCUCCUUCCCAGUUCUUGGUCACUGUGCCCCUUCGGGGCUUAAGUGGAUUCCGGCAGAGGAGUACCAGGCGUUGGCGCUACUUUACCCCUAGCGGUGUCCGUCUGCUGACUCCAGUUAUGGAGCCUGAGAAACUGCACCAAUGGUUGGAGGUGGAACAGUUCCAAAAAAGCACACCCCACUGGCAUGAAAGUGAUGUCAACAUUCAGGGGGACCUGCUCCCGGCCCGCGUGGUCAGCGUCUUCCAGGCACUUCUCCACAGGGCCAUCUCCUCCUGCAACCUUUCUGGUAAGAGACCAAAUCUCAGCCAUCUGUUGGCUCUCCUAGCCAGUAAAUACAGUGUAGAAAUUCUAUAUAAAGAAAGAUCUGAACUCAUGGUUCUCACAGCGUGCCAAAAGAAAGUAGGUGCUCCUGACCACUUGGUUGGUGAAUCCCAAAAUCACUUCUAUAUUUGA